GUUGAAGACAAACGCGGACUAUCUUAUAGCGGAGGUCUAGCGAUCAGUUGGAAGACCCACAUAAGACUCGCGCAUCUCAACGUCCUGACGCAACCUCUCCUUCAUACGCGAUGGCCCUCCACACCCUCACCCUACACGUACACCCAUGAGGAAUAGUCCCUCCAAUUGACAAACGCACCAAUCGCAUCCACAAUAUCUGCAGUCGCAUGCAGUCCUAACAACCCAUCCAAUCCGAUGUACAUGUCAUUAUCGCCUGCAUAUUUCCGCUCCUAUUUAUAGCCCACCUGGCACAAUGCCCUCCCUCCCGAAGCUGUCGACAGUCAUAACCUGGUUCCUAUACUCUAUCCCAAUAUACAUCUUCGUCCUCGACCCGCUACUCCGCGGCUUCUUCCCGGGUCUCCUCCCGGCCUCGGACUCGGACUCCGAACCCAGAUCCAAUAAAGACAUCUUCGAUUUCGACGACGCCGCUGCUAUAGGACCGGGCCUUAACCUUACCGAUGAUAGCUUCAUCAGUCCGGAAGAUGGCGUGCCAUUCGAUUGUCCCAAUGCAGAGGGAUAUCGCGUGCACCUCCUAUCGCGCGCGCCGCUGAUAAUGUACAUUGAGAACUUUAUUAGUGAAACCGAAGCGAAUCAUCUACUUGAUGUCAGCAUCCCAAACUACAAACCCUCCAUCCUCUACGACGGCCAUACCGAACGCAUAGACCCAACAAAACGCCUCUCAGAUCGCGCCCUCCUAGACCGCGACAAUACAGUCCGCUGCCUGGAAGACCGCGCGCGUGCCUUCCAAGGCUGGCGCCCGAACCUGUACAUCGAGCGCAUGUGGGCCCAGCGAUAUAAUACCUCCGGCCACUACCGGCACCACUAUGACUGGACGGGAUCGCUGGCGCGCGGCGGGGAUCGAUUGAGUACGUUUAUGGUUUAUCUGGAUGCGCAGUGUGAAGGCGGGGGGACGAAUUUUCCUAGAUUAAAGAUGCCGCGGUCGAAGGAGUGGUGUCGGUUUUUGGAAUGUGAGGAUGGGCACAAGGGGAACGAGAGGGAGGCGAUGCCCGAGGGAAUCACUUUCAAGCCUAUUAAGGGGAAUGCCGUGUUUUGGGAGAAUCUAAGACCGGAUGGGUCUGGUUACCCCGAGACGUGGCAUGCUGCCUUCCCUGUUAUGGAGGGGACGAAGGUUGGGUUGAAUAUUUGGAGUUGGUAUCAACCUGGUAGGCGGUAGGGUGUUGUGAAGAGAGCACGUGGCUGGGCUGGCUUUUGCCGAUAUGUGCUUCUAAGGGGUAGAAUGCUUGGGUUUUGUGAAGAUGAGAUGAGAUGAGAUGAG